CACUCUGGCUUUUCUAGAGCCAUCUCUAUGGUAUUCUUCCAAGCUCCCCUCCCUUGCCACCCCAAAGGGGUGCGGCACGUGACAGGCCUGGGACUACGGCAGGUUCCCACGUGAUCCUGGGCUGCAGUAGCGUGGUUGCGGUGAGACUCAGGCUCUCCUGAAGGGCGGGCACGGAAGUAAAGGCGUCCUCAGGCGGAUUCUUACUGGCAGCGAGGUCGGGAGGAGCUACCAGGCGGUGACCGCUUUGCUUCUUGCAGCUUAGGUCCAGCUCAUUCCAUUACCUCAGCCUUUGCAUUCUGCACUGAAGGGGACCAAGUUACCUCCGGUCUUGAGACCUUGGGGAGUGAGGACCAAUUCCUUAUUCAUCUUGCCCUCCCUUCUCCUCCAUCUCUUCCUUUGCAUGCACCGAAUCGCUGGCUCCUUUUGGCUGACCUGCUUGGCUGUGCCUUGAGACUAAGUUGGGUUCUUAAAGGUAACUGUGGGAAAAGCGGCCCCCCAGUGGACAAAGGAGGAGGCAGGGAUAGAGGAGGCCGCAGGCACUGGGCAAAGAUAGGCAGUAAGGGAGGUGAGCAAGAAGAAAAGAGUACUGCGGAUCUAGAAGGAACUGUGAAGAACUUGUUGCGCGAUGGAAGAAUCUGACUCCGAGAAAAAGACGGAGAAUGAGAAUCUGGGCCCAGAAGUGGAACCUCCAGUAGGGGAACCGGAAGGAUCGCUUGGGUGGGCAAUGCCAAAUGCAGCCAUGAAGAAAAAGGUGCUGUUGAUGGGUAAAAGUGGAUCUGGUAAGACCAGCAUGAGGUCUAUUAUCUUUGCAAAUUAUAUUGCCAGAGACACACGUCGCCUUGGUGCAACAAUACUAGACCGUAUACAUAGUCUUCAAAUUAAUAGCAGUUUGAGCACCUACUCUCUCGUAGACUCUGUUGGAAAUACAAAGACAUUUGAUGUAGAACAUUCUCAUGUUCGAUUUCUGGGAAACUUGGUUUUGAACCUGUGGGACUGUGGUGGACAAGAGACCUUCAUGGAAAAUUAUUUCACUAGCCAGCGUGACAACAUCUUUCGAAAUGUGGAGGUUCUGAUUUAUGUCUUUGAUGUGGAGAGCCGUGAACUAGAAAAGGACAUGCACUAUUAUCAGUCAUGCCUCGAGGCUAUUCUGCAGAAUUCUCCAGAAGCCAAAAUCUUUUGCUUGGUACACAAAAUGGAUUUGGUACAGGAGGAUCAGCGAGACUUGAUUUUUAAAGAACGAGAAGAAGACUUAAGGCGUUUAUCACGUCCAUUAGAAUGUUCUUGUUUCCGAACAUCUAUCUGGGAUGAAACUCUGUAUAAGGCUUGGUCCAGCAUUGUUUAUCAGCUGAUUCCCAAUGUUCAGCAACUGGAAAUGAACCUGCGGAAUUUUGCUGAAAUUAUUGAGGCUGAUGAAGUACUUCUGUUUGAGAGAGCUACUUUUUUGGUGAUUUCUCAUUAUCAGUGUAAAGAACAACGUGAUGCCCACAGAUUUGAGAAAAUCAGCAACAUUAUUAAACAGUUCAAGCUGAGCUGUAGCAAGCUGGCUGCCUCUUUGCAGAGCAUGGAAGUGAGAAACUCUAACUUUGCUGCCUUCAUUGACAUAUUUACAUCUAACACUUAUGUCAUGGUCGUGAUGUCUGAUCCAUCCAUUCCUUCUGCAGCUACUCUGAUCAACAUCCGCAAUGCCAGAAAACACUUUGAAAAGCUGGAGAGAGUGGAUGGACCAAAACAGUGUCUUCUCAUGCGCUAAACAUUGCAGAAUAUUGUUUCACACAAAAAAUUGAAACACUGUUUCUUAAUUUUAUUGUUGUAUUCAUAUAUGUAGGCUCUGAAAUAAUGUGAUCUUACCACUUAUGUCUUUCUUCUCUGCUCCCCAGUCCUAAUGUUUAACUUUGAAUGCUAUUUAUUGAAAUAGCUUGAGAAGUUAGGAAAUGAGGUGUUCAUGAAUUUGGUGUAAUGUAUACAUAGGUGAUAUAUGUUAACUGUUCUGAUAACAUUACUCUAAUGAUGUUUUAAGUGCUCUGAUAACCUGCUUCUAAUAGUUGUGUAUGUCAAAGUCCUUCCCAGCACUCUCUUGUAUUCAUUAUCAAAUAUAUACAUGUAAGUUUGAAGUA